GGAGGAGUCUAGGGCAGGGACGUCACAGUAAUGGGAGGAUACACUAGAGGUCAGCCUCUAAGCAUGCUGGGAGAGGAAGUGCAGCAUGUAAACAUACCGGGCAGACGGAUACAGAGCUGUGACACCGCAUAACAAACCGACACAUUGCUAUGGCCGCCUCGUCUUCAUCCUCUUCAGCCGGUGGUGUGAGUGGGAGCUCAGUUACAGGAUCUGGUUUUAGUGUUUCAGAUUUGGCUCCACCAAGGAAAGCACUUUUCACAUGUCCAAAAGCUGCUGGGGAGAUGCUCGAAGAUGGCUCAGAGAGAUUCCUUUGCGAAUCUGUGUUCAGUUACCAAGUUGCAUCCACACUAAAGCAAGUAAAACAUGGUCUCAUCUUUUCAGAUCAACAAGUAUCCAGAAUGGAGAAGUUGGCUGGAUUAGUGGAGGAGUUGGAAGCAGAUGAGUGGAGGUACACACCAAUUGAGCAGCUCCUUGGCUUCACUCCUUCUUCGGGUACAAAGUGAACUUCAGCAAAUAAAGCCCACUUCCAACUAGGAGUCUGAGAAUACAGAAGGAAUACACUUUUAUCUUACUUUUAUCUUCUAUGAUGUGGUUAUGAGGAGGUACUAAAAGGGCUCAACAUUAUAUAUCAUGUGCCCAGUUGUUUGUCAAAAAGUGGUUUAUCAUUUUGCAACAGUUUUAGAUCCAUAGGGACUGGAGUCUUUAAAUAGAUGUUCAAAACUCCCCCUAUUUAUGUCUCAUUCAGCAGAUUGCCACUGUGAAUGAACCAGAAAUAAUGUUUACAGGUUAAGGGACAAUAAAAAGUUAUUUUGUGUGCAAUGUUGCAUUUUUUUUCAGCUUAAUGUUUUUGUACAUUAUUUUUAUUUUUUUUAAAUAAAAAUGUGAUGGUAGCUAA